AUGCCACCAGGUCAUACGAGUGGUAAUGGUCCACCAGCAAUGAGGGAUGAUUUAGAAAAAAUAGUAUACGAAACGAAUCCUUCUAUACGUCAAUCAAUGAGAUUUAGUAAAUUUGACUUUAAAGAUAUGGAUCAUUUAAUCACUGUUAAUGAUGGCUAUGAUAAAAAGGGUGAUGCUGGAGGUCCAGAGAUUGUAAAUAAGGUUAGGUAUAUUGAAAAUGAUGGGGUAAAAAAUCCUAUAUCUGAUCAUAGUAAUUCUAGUUAUAUGAGUCCGGAUCCUGUUCAACAUAUUAAAAAUCCCACAAAUAGUCCUAGUAAUAUUGAAAAAAAUUGUCCAGUAAUUCAAGAAGAAAAUGAGAAGUAUGAAGUGUAUGAAGAGGUGGAUGGAGAGGAUGAAGAGGAGGAUGAAGAUGAGGAAGAAUUUAUGGCUAUAGCCAU